AAAUCAUUAAACAUAUUGCAUGGCCAAUCACUCAAUAACUUGAUAAGGGAAAACCUGUCUAGUCACACAAUCCAAAGUUAAGAGAGAUAUCAAAACAUGGCAGGAAACAGAGCGCCAUCGGUGAUUACGUAUUUUAACCAUUCUGGCGAAGGGGAUAUCUUAGUACAAAAUGUAUGCGUACCUACAGAUCUUUGCGCUAAAUAUACUUAUUAUUGUUGUCUUAAUUGGAAUAUGGGUGGAGUUGGAGGAGGAUACUGUGGAAUACAAUGUCAUGAGAACGGGAAUUGCUUCAUCUGUUCCUUAUGGGAUCCUCCAGUGGGAACACAAAGGUCGAUAGAAUCAAUUUUCAAGUCGGAGGGAAAUUCGUUUACAGAACGCUUUGGCGGAGAAGGAGAAGGGUUAAAGUAUAUGAACUUUGAACACAGAUGGGAACCAGAUCAAUGGUAUACUUUGGUUGUUCGAAGAUGGGACCAGAAUGGUCACACGCACUUUGGUCUCUGGGUUUAUGAUACACCAAAAUCAAAAUGGAUACGAAUGAUAACUAUGGCUUUUCCAUUACCAGAUAUAUAUUUUACAAGUCCUGUAGCUUGCUUUGUUGAAGAUUGGCAUGGAAAUGGUGAAAAUCAACGUGGAGCAAAGUACAAAGGUACCUUCAAAAGGAGCAAAGAUGGAAGCUGGGAAUGUUUGAAUAAUUGCCAAUAUUUGGUAAACCAAGAAGACGCUUGUAAAAAGUGGAAUAACAAUUUCUGUAUCGAAUCAGUGGACAGUGACCAGCUAAUUAUGCAAACGGGAGGAAAAACAGCACCAAAAUGCGAUGACACUAGAGGUCAAAUGACUUUGGAUACCAACUUAUGUCAGCCAAAAAUACCUCCAAUAAGUUUUCAAGCAGUGAAGGAUACAGAAUCUUCAAUCGAAUGGAAGGUAAACGAAUCCAGCACACCACAAUUUUCUUAUUGCAUCUCCAUCAAUGGGUCUGAGAUCAAAUCAGCUGUAGAUCCAAGUUGUAGGAAAGUUGAGAAUCCACGUUUUCAGGGAAGUACAAUUGAAAUAAAACUUCAGGAUAUUUUAGGACAGGAAGCUUCACAAGUUGUUACAUGAUAGGAUCGUGAAUUAACAAGUAGAAUUCUUUUAACACUACUUUAUACAUUAUGGGAUACAAUCUUAUUAUUUGAUUUUAAUUAUCAGCUCGGCUUUUAUGCAAGCAUCAAUCAUGUUUUAUGAUA